AUGAUGGAGCACAGAGAAUGUUUGUUUCUUGAGGCAAGACGCUCUGGCGAUUGGUCCAGAUAUAAAGAGUUCACGAGGACGUUCUUGGUUCAUAUUAAAAGGUAUAACAGCAACAUCGAGAAGAGGAUCGUCAAGUUCCAGAACAGUAAUAGCUUCUAUAGGUACUUGAACGCCAAAAUCCAAGACAGGAGGUGCGUCGGUUGUCUGAAGUGUGGUAACCUAGCUGCCUUCACUGAGCUCGAUAAAGCAAAUAUGUUAGCCGAACAUUUUGGGAAAACUUUCAUAAAGGAUAAUGACAUUGUUACUUCAUUACCCAAUUCUGCUGUGCAGCCUGUUCACUCGAUGGGAGAUGUUCCGUGGUUUCUAGCAGAGGAGCUCUAUGAACAAAUACUCAAAUGGCCCAACUCUUCUUCUGUUACCCCCGAUCUCAUACCACUCUCCUUUAUCAAGAAAGUAGCUUGUUUCAUUAGUGGACCUCUCGCAUACAUUUUCAACCAAUCACUUAUGAGCGGGGAAGUCCCUAGGAGGUGGAAGCACUUCAUAACUCCUAUUCUGAAGAAGGAACCAUCAUCAGAUCCUGGAAAUUAUCGGCCUGUGAGCAUUACCUCUUUAUUCUGCAGACUGUUUGAAAAGCGUCUUAAGGAGCAUGUCAUUAAAUAUACUCUUGGGUGUAACUUAAUACCGAACCAGCAUGGCUUCACCCCGGGACGUUCUGUUGAAACCAACAUGAUUGAAUGCCUUGAUGAGUGGACUAAGACCCUUGAUAAUAAUGGGUGUUGUGAUGUUAUCUAUUUUGAUUUCGCCAAGGCUUUCGACAGGGUAUCGCACGCAAAGCUUAUCCAUAAGUUGAAAGAAUUGAAAUUUCAUCCUGUUCUUAUUACCUGGAUUACCAAUUUCCUCACUGGUAGAUCUUUCCAAGUAAGGGUUGGGAAGUGCUAUUCCGUCAGUAAAGAGGUUUAUAGUGGCGUCCCCCAAGGUGGAGUUCUGUCACCGGUGCUGUUUAACAUCUUCACUGCAGAGAUUCCCAGUUUGUUUCAGGGACUUGGCGUUUCGACCAAGAUAUGCAGAUGA